AUGUUGACCAUCAGUGAAGCAGAUAUAGAGGAGAUGAGCAGUGUCCUCCAGUCCCGUGUUGUGACAGAGGUUGUAUCGCAGGUACAGGGCAUGCUAAAACAGCUGGGCUCUGUCACACUCAACAUUGCAGUCACCGGGGAGUCUGGCUCUGGAAAGUCCUCUUUUGUUCAUGUGUUCCGAGGUGUUGCCGAUGACAGUCCAGGGGCAGCACAGACAGGUGUCACUGAAAUCACCAGUGAGGCUCUGGCCUACACUCACCCCAGUGUACCCACUAUCACUCUAUGGGACCUGCCCGGGAUCGGGACACCCACUUUCAAACCUGACACCUACCUAGAGCAAGUUGGUUUCCUGCAGUAUGACUUUUUCAUCAUUGUAGGGUCUGAGCGGUUCAGAGAAUACCACAUUCAGCUGGCCAACGCCAUAAGGCAGGCUGGGAAAAGGCUCUAUUUUGUCCGGAACAAAGUGGACAGUGACCUGGAGGCCUUAUUCAGGCGCAGGAGCGGCAAGGGUCUCACUGAAGCUGAUAUUCUGAGUCAGAUAAGAGCUGAUUGUGAGGUGAAUCUGAGGAAGGCUGGGGUAAAGCAGGCCAAAGUGUUCUUACUGUCCUGCUUUCAACCACAGAGCUUUGACUUCCACCUCUUGCAGACCACCAUUGAGAAGGAGCUUGAGGGCCAUAAACGCCAUGUUUUCCUCCUGACACUGCCUAAUCGCUCAUCUGCCGUGAUAGAGAGUAAGAAGACAGCUCUGGCUGGGACUGUGUGGAAGAGAGCCAUAGAGGCAUGUUGA